AUGACAUCGGCUCUCACCAUAAUCUCCGUUUCGAAUCCCGGGAGCUAUGGCAGUAAGGAGACUAGUACCACAACGGAGACAGCUACUCACCAACACACUUACGACUGGUCCUCACAUCCUGAAGUUCAACAGGUUCCAGUUUCCCUACCAGCCCUCCCCACUGAUUUGAACACUGGAAAUGGAGCUCUAGCGCUGUUACUUAACACGGUAGAGGAUGCGACCCUUCCUGCCACCGGUACCAUGCCGCAAAGUUCUUCAAACAAGAAGAGAAAGAGGCCAACAACAGAGGUGAGAAGCGAACCCGGGGGUACUGCUCAGUAUGCCUACGACUGGUCCUCACAAAAUGAAAUCCCACCGGAUCUGCCGGUCUCCAAACUCGCUUCUUAUAUGAAUUUCGAGACAGAACAUGGAUUUGUGAUGAAACUAAAGGCGAAUCUUCUUUCCGAAGAUGCGACGCGGGCCGAACUGGAAACUCAUGCUCCAUUUGCCAGAACUAGUUCCUGCAAUCUUGACCACAUCGUCGACAGCAACGCCCGCACAGAAGCAAUGUUGGCCAACUACGGAACCAUAUUUUCGAAUUUUGAGACCCACGAUAGUGAUCACACCUUAUCGCAAGAUAUCAACCCUAUCGAUCUCAAUCAGUUGUUUACGGCACCAACGACUAACCCUAUCGAUCUCAAUCAGUUAUUUCCGGUACCAACGACCAACGAUGUCGAUCUCAAUCAGUUGUUUCCGGCACCAACGACUAACCCUGUCGAUCUUAAUCAGUUUAUAACAACCACCGGUGAUACCUUUGAUGAGAGGAUAUUAGCCAACUCGGACGGUAGAGCCUUCGAGCAGGGUGCAAUCAAUACGUCUACAAACAGCUCUUCUGGUCUUAGCAUGUUUAACAUACCAACCACGGACAUCCUCGAUUUGAACACAUCUGACAUGCCCACUAAUGGUAUCUUUAUCCAAAGACUGCCAGAUCACCAUUCAGACCAAAUUUCACCUAUAGGCAUAUCAUAUGCAUAA